AUGAAUAUCAUAAGUUGGAAUUGCCGUGGGCUUGGGAACCCGCGGGCCUUACAAUUCCUAGUUGACAUUUGUGUCAGUAAGAAACCCAAGUUCUUGUUCCUUUGUGAGACUUUGUGUAAGAAAGAUAUUGUGGAGAGGGUAAAAAUCAAAUUGGGCUUUGAAAGUUGUUUCUCUGUUGAAGCCCAAGGAAGAAAAGGAGGCCUUGCACUAUUUUGGAAGAUAUCAAGUGAAGCCCAUCUUUUAGGAUACUCCAACAAUCACAUUGAUAUGGAGAUUUCUAUCACUGGGUAUGCUAAAUGGAGGCUGACCGGCUUUUAUGGUGAACCCCAACGUUCACUCCGCGCAACAACUUGGAAUUUGCUCCGUGAUAUUGCCGCUGAGUCGACUCUCCCAUGGUGCGUAAUCGGAGAUUUCAACAACAUUACUUCCAACGGUGACGUUAAAGGAGGCCGCCCCUACCCCGACACCCUCAUCAACGGCUUCAAUCUUGCUCUUUGUGACUGCCGUCUUGAUGAAUUGGCUCUUGGUGGUUACCAGUACACUUGGGAGUGUGGAAGAGGAGGUCCUGCACAUGUUGAAAUCAGGUUAGAUAGAGCCUUUGCUACUCAUGAAUGGUUCUCUAUUUUUCUUGAAGCUAAGCUGUCCAAUUUUGAUUAUACUUCCUCUGAUCAUACACCCCUGCUGCUUGAACCCGACCCCACUAUAAAUUUCAGACCAGUCCGUUUGUUUCGUUAUGAGAACGCAUGGGGCCGUGAGGCAUUGUGUGGGCAGUUGGUUAAAAACUGCUGGGAUGAAAAUGUACAUGUUUCUCUUGCUGAAAAAAUUCAUAUGUGUAGUUUAAUUUUAACUGAAUGGGGAUAUGAAAUUACUGGAAGCUUUAAACAGAGAUUAAAUAAAAGCAAGAAAAAAAUGAGCCAUCUCAAGUCGGCUACUGGCCCUUUUUCUACUGAUGAUUUUUCUGCAGAACAAUGUAAUUACUUUGAGAUUUUAGCUCAACAAGAGAUUUAUUGGAAGCAGCGAUCAAAACAAUUUUGGCUACAUGCGGGUGACAAAAAUAGUAAGUACUUUCAUGCUACUGCAAGUGCUCGUAAACGCAUCACUUGUGAUACUGUUGUGAGAGGCAUCAAUUGCUCUGUGUCUAAUGUUCAUAAUGAGACUCUUUUGCAACCGGUUACUCCUGAGGAAAUCAAGCAAGCUCUAUUUCAAAUGCAUCCUGACAAAGCUCCAGGCCCUGAUGGCAUGGGUCCUGGCUUCUUUCAAAGAAAAGAUUGGGAAACUGUUGGUCCUGAUAUUGUGCAACUUGUUACGAAUUUCUUUGUUACUGAGGAACUUCCACCAAGUAUAAAUGACACUCACCUCGUGCUGAUUCCUAAAAAGAAGAACUUUACUACUAUGGGUGAUCUGCGUCCUAUUGCCUUGUGUAAUGUCUCUUAUAAAAUUGUGGCCAAAGUUCUUGCAAACAGGAUGAGAGGCAUGAUUGAUCUUAUUAUCUCUCCCACACAGAGUGCCUUUAUACCUGGUAGACUUAUAUCUGACAAUAUUAUGGUUGCUUUUGAAGUCAUGCAUUAUCUGAAGCGGAAAAGAAGAGGUAAAAAAGGCUUCAUGGCCUUGAAACUUGACAUGAGUAAGGCAUAUGAUCGUGUCGAGUGGGACUAUCUGAAAGCUGUUAUGGUCAAGAUGGGAUUUGCUAGUAAAUGGAUUAAUCUUAUUAUGAAGUGUGUUACCUCUGUCAGAUAUUCUGUGGUUCAUAAUGGUCAUAUCUUGGGGCCAAUUAUUCCUUCUCGUGGGAUUCGUCAAGGUGAUCCAUUGUCUACUUAUCUGUUUAUCAUUUGCGCUGAAGGUUUUUCAGCUUUAAUCAAGAGUUAUGAGGCUAACAGAAUCAUACAAGGCUGUCGCGUGGCUAAUGGGGCACCUUCUAUUACGCAUAUGCUCUUCGCUGAUGACAGUUAUCUUUUACGCAAGCCACAUCUGAUGCCGCUGGUAGUAUGA